GAGGGUGUGUGUGUUUGUUUCACCAGCCGCUGGUGCUGUACCAAAUUCAACUGAAACAGAAAUAGUCCGCGACUGCUGCCAUAUCCUGAAUUAGACAUGGCCGCUACCGGAGUUCUCCCCUUUAUCAGGGGAGUAGACUUAAGUGGAAAUGACUUCAAGGGGGGCUAUUUUCCUGAGCAUGUCAAGUCUAUGACCAGCUUGCGAUGGCUGAAACUAAACAGAACGGGUCUUUGCUAUCUUCCAGAGGAACUGGCCUCUCUACAGAAACUGGAACAUUUGUCAGUGAGUCACAACAACCUCUCUACGCUGCAUGGAGAACUGUCAAGUCUUCCCAACCUGAGGGCCGUGGUGGCCAGAGCAAACAACCUGAAGAACUCCGGUGUUCCUGAUGAUAUUUUUCAGCUGGAUGAUCUUUCUGUGCUGGAUCUGAGCUAUAACCAACUAACUGAGAUUCCAAGGGAUUUGGAGAACUCCAGGAACAUGUUGGUCUUAAAUCUCAGUCACAAUAGCAUUGAUAACAUACCAAAUCAGCUGUUCAUUAACCUCACUGAUCUGCUGUACCUGGACCUAAGUGACAAUAAUUUGGACAGCUUGCCGCCUCAGAUGAGACGCUUGGUCCAUUUGCAGACCCUGAUACUCAAUAAUAAUCCACUUAUGCAUGCACAGCUCAGGCAGUUACCAGCCAUGCUGGCUCUUCAAACCCUCCAUUUACGAAAUACACAGCGUACUCAAAGUAACAUGCCAACAAGCCUUGAGGGACUGACCAACCUAGCAGAUGUGGACCUGUCCUGCAAUGAUCUGAGCCGGGUGCCAGAAUGCUUGUAUUCCCUGCCUAAUCUAAAACGACUCAAUCUGAGCACCAAUCAGAUAUCAGAACUGUCGCUGUGCAUAGAUCAGUGGACCAAGCUCGAGACUCUCAACCUUUCGAGAAACCAACUCACCUCCCUGCCAUCUGCCAUUUGCAAGCUAUCCAAGCUGAAGAAGCUGUAUGUGAACUCAAACAAAAUUGAUUUUGAUGGGCUUCCAUCUGGUGUGGGAAAAUUGUCCAGCCUAGUGGAAUUCAUGGCAGCGAACAAUAAUUUGGAGCUUGUACCAGAGGGACUAUGCAGAUGUGGGAAAUUGAAGAAGCUGGUCUUAAACAAGAACCGUCUGGUGACUUUACCAGAGGCCAUUCAUUUCUUGACUGAUUUGGAGGUUUUGGACGUUCGUGAGAAUCCAAAUCUUGUCAUGCCUCCAAAGCCAGUGGACAGAACGGCUGAGUGGUACAACAUAGACUUCUCUUUGCAAAACCAACUACGAUUGGCUGGAGCAUCACCAGCCACUGUGGCAGCGGCAGGUGGAGGAAAUAGCCCAAGAGACCAUAUGGCCAGAAAAAUGAGGCUGAGAAGGCGUAAGGACUCGGCCCAAGAUGAUCAGGCUAAACAGGUUUUGAAGGGAAUGUCAGAUGUGGCUCAGGAAAAGAAUAAAUCCAUCGAGGAGAACGGUGACUUGAAAUACUCUGACCUGAAAACCAAACGUUGGGACAAAAACCUGGAGAAACCUCAGCUGGACUACUCUGAGUUCUUCUUGGAGGACGUGGGGCAGAUCCCUGGCAUUACCAUCUGGCAGAUUGAAAACUUUGUGCCCAUGCAGGUGGACGAGGCCUUCCACGGGAAGUUUUACGAGGCUGAUUGUUACAUUGUUCUCAGGACUUUCUUAGACGAUAACGGAGCCCUGAACUGGCAGAUCUUUUACUGGAUCGGGCAGGAUGCCACCCUUGAUAAGAAAGCAGGCUCUGCAAUCCAUGCCGUCAAUCUCCGUAAUUAUUUGGGUGCUGAGUGCAGGACUAUCAGAGAGGAAAUGGGAGACGAGAGUGAAGAAUUCACUGCGGUGUUCGACAAUGCAAUCUCUUACAUUGAGGGCGGAACGACCAGUGGGUUUUACACAGUAGAGGACACACAACACCCUACCAGGUUGUACAGGGUGUAUGGAAAAAAGAACAUCAAAUUAGAAUCUGUGCCCCUGAAAGCGUCCUCACUCGACCCACGAUUUGUCUUCUUGCUGGACACAGGUCUCGAAUUAUUUGUUUGGAGAGGAGCCAAUGCGACACUCGGUGGUACCACAAAAGCAAGGUUAUUUGCUGAAAAGAUUAACAAAAAUGAGCGAAAAGGUAAAGCAGAAAUCACUACGUUAAUGCAAAAUCAAGAACCUCCGGAAUUCUGGGAACCUCUGGGGGGACAGCCAGAGGAAAUCAAGAAGCACGUACCAGAUGACUUUUCUCCUGUCCGUCCCAAGCUGUAUAAGGUUGGCUUAGGUUUGGGAUACCUUGAACUUCCUCAGAUCAACUACAAACUCUCUGUGGAGCACAAGGAUAAAAUCAAACUCGACGUGGUUCCAGAACAUAGACUGGUACAAGGUCUGCUGGACACUAAAGGCGUCUACAUCUUAGAUUGCUGGUCGGAUGUAUUCAUCUGGAUCGGCCGUAAAUCUCCACGUCUAGUGAGGGCAGCUGCACUGAAGCUGGGCCAGGAGGUGUGCAGUAUGCUCCAUCGGCCGAAACACGCCGUGGUCAUGCGUAAUCUGGAGGGUACGGAGUGCCAGGUCUUCAAAUCUAAGUUCAAGAACUGGGAUGACGUGUUGAAGGUAGACUAUACCAAGAAUGCAGAGAGCGUCAAGCAGAAAGAGGGCUUGUCUGGAAAAGUCAAGAAGGAUGCGGAGCAGAAGGACCAGAUGAAAGCAGAUCUUACGGCUUUGUUUCUGCCCAGGCAGCCACCCAUGCCCCUUACAGAGGCAGAACAGAUGAUGGAAGAGUGGAACGAGGACUUGGAUGGCAUGGAGGGAUUUGUUCUGGAGGGAAAGAAGUUUGCUCGGUUGCCAGAGGAGGAGUUCGGUCACUUUAACACUCAGGACUGCUACGUGUUUCUCUGCAGGUACUGGGUGCCUGUGGAGUAUGAGGAUGAUCAGGAGAAAGACAAAGAGAAAGGAGAAGAAGGAGAGGAUGAGGACAAACAGCCUGAAGAAGACUUUCAGUGUGUGGUUUACUUCUGGCAGGGCCGUGAGGCGUCCAACAUGGGCUGGCUGACAUUUACAUUCAGUUUACAGAAGAAGUUUGAGAGCUUGUUUCCUGGCAAACUAGAGGUUGUAAGAAUGACCCAGCAGCAGGAGAACCUCAAGUUCUUGUCACACUUCAAGAGAAAGUUUAUCAUUCACAAAGGCAAGAGGAAGCUUAAAGUGGACAGUGUGCAACCAAGCUUAUAUCACAUCAGGACAAAUGGAAGUGCAUUAUGCACCAGGACUAUUCAGAUAGCCACAGAUUCCAGUAACCUCAACUCUGAAUUCUGCUUCAUUUUGAAGGUUCCAUUUGAAAGUACAGACAACCAGGGAAUAGUGUACACUUGGGUUGGAAGAGCAGCAGACCCAGAUGAAGCUAAACUGGCAGAAGACAUCAUGAACACAAUGUUUGAUGAUUCAUACAGCAAACAGGUAAUAAAUGAAGGAGAGGAGCCAGAAAAUUUCUUUUGGGUUGGCAUCGGCUCUCAGAAGCCAUACGAUGAAGAUGCAGAAUACAUGAAAUACGCGAGACUGUUCAGGUGCUCAAAUGAGAAAGGUUACUUUGCUGUAUCAGAAAAAUGCUCAGAUUUCUGCCAAGAUGACCUGGCUGAUGAUGACAUCAUGCUUUUGGACAAUGGAAAAGAGGUUUACAUGUGGGUUGGUACACAAACAAGCCAAGUGGAGAUUAAACUGAGCUUGAAAGCUUGUCAGGUCUAUAUUCAACAUAUGAGGUCCAAGGAUGCAGAGCACCCAAGGAAACUGCGCCUGGUGCGCAAAGGCAACGAGCCCCACUGUUUCACCCGUUGUUUCCACGCCUGGAGCGCUUUCAAGACUGCACCUGCAUAAAUUUGCCCUGCACACCACAGAGUCCGUCUGAAUACAGUACACGAGCAUAAGAGUUUCCGAAAUCAUGCGCAACACACCUUUCGUUAUUAUUCUGCAAUGCAUUAUAUAUUUGUUAAUACAAGCAAUUUUGAAUUUUAUAUUUAUGCAUAGGUUUCAAAUCAGAGGAAGAGCUAGAUUCAGCACUUGGGUAGGUGUAACCACACGAGAUAAAAAUGAGAUGAAAAAUGUAUUGUUUAAGGGAUGGUUUUAAGAACAUGUGUUCUAAGGGAGAGUCUAAAUAUUGUUUGUUUUUUAACAAUCUGGCUGCAUAAUUGUUACCAUUUCUGUUUACAGAAAUUAGACUUUGCAUAAUUUAGUUUUAAGACGACUCUUUAUAUCAUCUGUAUGAGCAACACCUUAUGUUUUACCUGCAUAUCACAUAUUGACUGCUGCGAUUUUCAGAAAGCACAAAUCCAGUUUACGAAUUGGUGCCACUCACACCAAAUUUAUUAGUUGCCUUUGAAUGUCUAGUUCAUUCCAUCAGCACCUGUUUAAUCCUUCACUUUUGGGAUGUUGACUCUGCCAAUGCUGAUGGGAUAAUUAAUUGCACAUGAAUGUUCUUUCCAAAUGAGAAUAUACACGUUGAUGCUCUCAAACUGCCCGUUAGGUCCCCAAAACAAAUACGUGUACAAGGUAGUUGGCAUCAGUGUUUAUCUUUUAAAAAACAUAAUCUGUUAUUGCUGUGACUGGCAAGCUAGUAGUAUUGAUACAACAGUGCUGCCAUGCUUUGGUGACCUCACAUGCAUUUUAAGUGGCUUUUUUAUUAGCCUCAAAACAAAUGUCUGCUAUUUUCAUCAAUGACAGAAUGUACUUUUUUUUUAAAGGUAUGGUCCUGUGUAUGGACUGUUUGAUAGUUUUUUUUGAAUUCUGAAUAUUUGUUGAACUUGGACAGGGAAAUAAGUUUAGCCAAGAAAAUAAAUAUUAUUAUUUUAAUUAUGCUAAUCAAAAUUUCUUGUGGAUAUCAUAAAAGGGAUUGGUAAAGGUAAAUAGAUAUUUGCAGUUGACGGUUAGCCACCCUAUUAUAUUUGUUUUGUCACAGCAGCUUUUUAGUCUGCAUAUAUAUAAAUGUAUUUCUAUGUGUACAAAUAUUUUCUGCCACUGAUUUCACCUGCAGAUGCUCUAUUUAUGUAUUUUGUAUUGAAUAAAGUUUCAUCGCACAACUGUA